AUGCGCGAGUGGAAGACCCGGGUCUUUGUAGGCAGCAAGAAUGAUGUUUUUCUCUUUUCCUCCAGGCAGCUCCACACACCCACCAACAUCCUCCUCCUCUCUCUGGCUGUCUCAGAUUUACUUGUGGGACUCCUGGUGAUGCCAGUAGAAGCACUACAAAGAACAGAGUGCUGGUUUUUUGGUGACCUUUUGUGUUCUCUUUUUAGGUUUGUGUCCUACAUAAUCCUCGCUGCCUCAGUCGUAAACAUGGUGCUCAUAUCAUUUGACCGAUAUGUGGCUAUUUGUGACCCUCUGCAUUACACCACCAGAAUCACUGUGAAUAGAGUUAAAGUAUGUGUUUGUCUCUUGUGGUUUUGUUCUGUUGCCUACAAUGGUUUCUACCUUACUUCGCAUCUUAAUCAACAAGAAGUAACCGACGAAUCCUGCUAUGGAGAAUGUCCAACUGUAAUUAAUAACACUGGCGCUGAUCUUCAACUUGUUUUAAACUUUAUUGUUCCUGUUACCACAAUCAUAGUUUUAUAUACUAGAGUCUUUGUUGUGGCUGUGUCUCAAGCUCGUGCCAUGCGCUCUCACAUUACAGCUGUCACAAAGCAGAUUUCAGUGACUAAAAUAGCAAAGAAAUCUGAGCUGAAAGCAGCCAGGACUCUUGGUGUUUUAGUAGUUGUGUUUCUGGUGUGUUUCAUGCCAACUUACUUUACCACUUUGGGAGGUUCUGAUUACAUGAGUCUUUCAACUCUAUACUUUAUUCUGUAUCUGUACUAUUUUAACUCUUGUCUAAACCCUGUGAUUUAUGCCUUGUUUUACCCCUGGUUCAGAAAAUCAGUUAAACUCAUUGUUACUCUUCAGAUACUGCAGCCUGGCUCCUGUGAGGCCAACAUACUGUAG